AUGAGACUGCAAUAUCUAAAGAACAUGUGUCAAAAGCAUAAACGUGCUGCUGUCGCUGCUGCACGUGACCGAAAAAAGCUCAAAAAAAUCCCUGAGGACCUGAGCUCUUCAACGCCAGUUCUUGGAUCCCUGCUUUCAUCUUUCUCGGACAGCCCUAACAACAGCAGCAACAAUCACCAUCAUGAUAUUAACACCACAAUCAAGCACAGCCCAAUUCACCACCAGAGCCUAAACAAACUUCCAUAUCACCAAACUGGCUGCCUCGGUCUCACCACAAUCCCUUGCAACUCCUCUCCCAUCUCUCCUUCCUUUGCUGAAAUCUCUGACCGUUCCCAUCAAGGCUUUCGUCGGGCUCAGUCUGAUGGGAACCUUCGAGGGCUACUAGACUAUUCUUCCAGCAACCACAAUGAACAAUGCUACAAUUCGAACCAAACCAAGAAAUUUUCCGGGAGGUCUAAGUGCUUGAUGUUAGAAACUAUACCGUCAUUUUCCUUCCGUAAUUUCCCAGGUCACGGUGAAGAUGACGAUGAGGAAGAAGAAGAGAGUGACAUCCAAUAUGAGGAAGAGAGAGAAGAAUUGGAAGAAAAUGUGACGAUGGAAAGGGAGCACUAUGGUUUAAGGAAUAAGAUGGAGAACAUGGUUCUGAAUGAGGAGGUGAGCGUCAUGGAUAGAAUUUGGAAAGUAAAUUUUGAAGAGGAAAGACAGUCGAUUAGUGAAGGGAUGCAUCUUGCAAGAGGGCUUGGCAUUGAUUGUGGUAGCAAUGGAAACGGUGGUAGUGGAGGCUUUGGUGGCGCCAGUGGUGGCGGUGGUGGUGAUUUUGAUUCAGGUGGAGAUGGUGGAGACAUACAUGGCACAGAGGAGUAUUAUAAGAGGAUGGUGCAGGAAAAUCCCGGCAACCCUUUGUUUUUGAGGAACUAUGCUCAAUUUUUGUUUCAGAUGAAGCGGGACCUUCAGGGAGCGGAGGAGUAUUACUCUAGAGCUAUCUUAGCAGAUCCUAAAGAUGGCGAAAUACUGUCACAAUAUGCAAGGUUAGAAUGGGAAUUGCAUCAAGACCAGAGUAGAGCCUCUAGCUACUUUGAACGCGCAGUUCAAGCUUCUCCAGAAGAUAGCCAUGUACAUGCAGCAUAUGCUAGUUUCCUAUGGGAAACAGAGGAUAAUGAUGACAAAUCUAACGUGCUGAAAGAUUUCAAUGCCAAGCCGCCACCUUUCCACGAAGGAGCCGCAUCUUUUGCAAGUGCUUAA